AUGCUUGUUAAACGACUACUAACUAGCAUGGCCACCAAGAAUAAUAUUGGAAUGGAUCAGAUACAUAUUAAUAAUCUUUCACUGCAGACAAUAUGCGGUCCUGACCUAUGGACUAGAGUCGCACCACAACAUUGUAAAAUAUCAUUGACUAUAAAGACUGAUUUUACUAGAUGUUCUGCCACAGAUGAUUUAAAAUAUUCAUUAAAUUAUGCUGUAUUAUGUAGAGAUGUUACAAAUCACGUUAACUCUAGAAAAAAUUGGGGCCAUGUUCAUACUUUGUCCAGAUCUAUCUUUAAUUUCAUUGGUGAAAAAUAUAACCAAAGUAUUGAUUCAAUGAAAGUGACAUUAAAAAAUGAAGAUUACCAUUUAAGAACAAAGGACAUUGAAAGUGUAAUUGAGAAUAAGGAUAUAGAAACAUUAAACAUUAGAAAUUUGGAAUUGUUUGCUAUCAUUGGUAUUUUCAACUUUGAAAGAUUACAACGUCAGAAAGUAUCAUUAGAUCUUUCCAUAAAGAAUAAAAGUUCUAAUGAACAUCCAUCUUUGAAUACACGUCCAAUCAUUGACAAUGUUGUAAAAUAUGUCGAACAAUCUGAUUUUAAGACUGUGGAAGCAUUAAUUGAGUCUGUGGCCAAAAUAAUACAUCAAACUAUCGAAACAGGAACAUCUGCUUCUCAUGUAGAAUUACUUGACGUUAUUGUUAGAGUGACUAAAUUGAGUGCAAUAACAGAUACAGAAGGUGUAGGGGUAAGUUGUCUGAGAACUGAGAAACAACUGAAGACAUUGAAAUCCAUCGAUAUAUCACCAAAUGACAAUAUGCAAGGAUCAUUAUUAUAUAAUACUAUCCAGAAUAAUGAAAAUGUUGAAAUUAAAACAACGAAUAAUGGAAAUUGGGCAAAAGCUUAUUUAGCAUUUGGUUCAAAUAUUGGUAAUAGAAUGGAUUACAUAACACAAGCACUGAAACUAUUGAAAGCUACUCCAGAUGUUAAAGUAACUGGAGUCUCUUCUGUAUUCGAAAGUGAACCAAUGUAUUUUAAAGAACAAAAUCCAUUUUUGAAUGGUUGUAUCGAAAUCUCUACGUCCCAAAAACCAGCCGAUCUAUUAAAACUUUGCAAAAAAAUUGAAUACCUCGAAUUAAAAAGAACAAAAGAUUUUGAGAAUGGACCAAGAUCUAUUGAUCUGGAUAUUAUACUCUAUUAUGAUGCAGAAGGUAAUGCCGUACAAGUUAAUACACAAGAUUUAAUCAUUCCUCAUCCACGUAUGUUGGAGAGAACUUUUGUAUUGGAACCUUUAUGUGAAUUAUUACCACCAGAUAUAACCCAUCCAUUAACUAUAGAACCAUUAGUCGAUCAUUUGCAACAAUUAUAUGAUCAACAGAAACCAGAAGACAUAUUGUGGAAAGUUAUUCCCUUAGGUAAUAACAGAACAUUAUCGAAAAAGGAUAAAUUUUUAAAAUUCAAGACUGCCAUGAAACAUGACGAUUUAACUAAAACUGAUAACAGGAUGACAGUAUCCCCGACUUAUAUUAUGGGCAUUAUGAACACUACUCCAGAUUCAUUUUCUGAUGGAUCACAAAAUUAUUCCGAUAUGGAGAUUCAAUUAAAGAAAGUUAUGACCUUAUGUGACGAUGUUCUGAAACAUUAUGAUAAUGUAAUUAUUGAUAUAGGUGGCUGUUCCACAAGACCAAAUUCUAAACAAGCUACAGAAGAACAAGAAAUUGAGCGUACAAUUCCAUUAAUUAAAGCAAUAAGAGCUUCUCACGAUAUACCUCAAGAUCAAAUUUUAUUAUCAAUUGAUACUUAUCGUUCCAGAGUUGCCGAGAGGGCAAUUGAAGCUGGUGUUGAUAUAAUUAAUGAUAUAUCCGGAGGAAAUUUUGAUGAAGAUAUGUUUAAUACAGUCGCCAAAUACCCUCACGUUGCUUAUGUGCUAUCUCACAUCCGUGGUGAUAUAUCUACAAUGACUAAAAACUCAAGUUAUAAUACUGAGGAUGAAUAUGAUCCACCUAAUAGUAUUGACUAUAUUAAUAACAAUGCAUGCAAUCCAUCUCAUAAAGCCAUGAACCUAACUAGAAUUAUUGGAUAUGAGAUGAGUGAACGGUACUCUAAGGCCUUAGAAGCAGGUGUACAUCGUUGGCAAAUAAUUUUGGACCCUGGGCUUGGAUUCGCAAAGAAUUUAAAGGAAAAUAUAGAUAUCAUUAAACAAUUACCAUUAUUGAAAAACUAUUCUGUUUACAAUAAUGAUACAUCCUUCUAUGUGAAUUUUAGAAAUCUUCCACUUUUGUUAGGUCCAUCUCGUAAAAAAUUUAUUGGUUCAAUAACUCAAGAUGAGAACCCUAUUGAUAGAGAUUUUGCUACUGGAUCUUUAGUUGCUCUAAGUAUUGGUUAUGGUUCAGAUAUAAUCAGGGUACAUAAUGCAAAAGAAUGUGCAAAAUCAGCAAUUCUAGCCGAUACAGUAUAUAAAAGUAUUUAA